UUUGAGGGAGUAAUUGGUGGUCUAGCACAGCCUCGAUCUUAAUAGACUUAAUAGCUUCAGAAAGAAUGGCUGGUCAAAAUAAUGAAAGUUUAAGCAGACAACGUCUCCUUAGAUUUUUGAUUUACGGAAGAGAUGACGGAAGAUACUUUGUCAACAAGAGACGGGUAAACGUGGUGAGAGAUUUCUCCCAACAUUCCAGGAUUAUCGACAGGAUGAUUUCCGAACGAAAAGGAAUGGAAGUUAUAGGCUUGAUAAAAGAAGUAAGCAUGCUUGGUCAAGCACCAAAACAGGGCCCACUUCUGUAUGCUUUGGCAGUUUGUGCACGUUGUAACGACGAAUCAACAAAAAAAGCAGCACUGCGAUGUUUGACGGAUAUUUGUCGUACACCAACACAUCUGUUUCAGUUUAUAAAAUUUACGUCUAUACAAAGAGAAGGUUCGAAAGGUUGGGGAAGAGCACAGAGGAAAGCUGUUUCAGAGUGGUACAAUCAGGCCGCCUUCCAAAACAAUCCGAAAAAACUUUUGAGACUGGGUACCAAAUACAAAAAAAGGCAUGGAUAUACUCAUAGGGAUUUAAUCCGUCUUGCGCAUGUGAAACCGAAAACAAAUCACAUUAAGUUUGUUAUUCAAUAUAUCGUUAAAGGAAUGUGCAGCAGUGCGGAUUCUGAUGAUUCCGAUGGUAUGAUCAAGGAUGCAGAGCAGUUUAUUAAUGGCGUUGAGCAAGCUAAGGAAUGUAAAGGCAAUGAUAUAGAUGAUUUGAUAUCGUUGAUAAGAAGAUACAAUCUUACCCGUGAACACAUUCCAACAAAUCUAUUGAAUAACAAGAAUGUAUGGAGAGCCUUAAUGUACGAAAUGCCGAUGCAUGCCCUAAUACGUAAUUUAGGCAGAAUUUCAAAACACGCAUUGCUACGUCCUGAUUCGCCCGAGGAGCAACACAUACUUGACAAUCUACUGGAUGAUGUUAAAUUGCGUUGCGCAAAGAUUCACCCUUUGACGAUUUUAACUGCUUGGAAUACCUACAAACUGGGCGGAUCAAUCCGAAAUGCAAGUCCAAUGGAGUGGGAGGUGAACCAAAGAGUUGCUGAUACUCUGGAGACUGCAUUUUAUAAAUCAUUUUCCUCUUGUGUGGCCACAGACAAGAGAAUUCUUCUAGCUAUUGACGGUAGCGAAGAAAUGAUGAAACCAGUUGUUGACCUUCAACAAGUAUCCGCGCGGAGCGCAGCCGUUGCAGUUGCACUGCUGAUGUCAAAGGUCGAGAGACGGAGAGAAUUUGUCCUUGUUUCUGAUAGUGUUUCACCGGUUGACGUCCUUCCUACCGAUAACCUUGAAACAGCGUCAUUUAAAUUUUCAACAUCAGAAUGCGCCUGUUUAAGUGAUGAAGCGUCUAACCCAAUGGAUUGGGCAAUGACACAUUCAAAGCAGUACGAUGCAAUCGUUUUCUUCACCUCGUGCGCUACGAAUAUAAAUUUGAAUGAAGCGAUAACACAGUAUCGGAGUCGCCUAGGACUUCCUAGUACACGUCUUGUAGUGGUAGCUAUGACCAGUAAUAACAAUCCUAUAACAGACCCCAAUGAUCUUCAUAUGCUAAAUGUUGUAGGGUUCGAUACCAAUGCAAUGAAAGUCAUCACGGAAUUUAUAAGAAUUUAGAUGACAGCAGAUUGUGUAGAUAAAUUGAUGAUUCAGCUACCUCAGAAGGAAUUAUAAAUUAGUUUAUCAAUAAAGGGUUA